AUGAAUCCAUAUAAUUAAUAGCUCUCUUUUUCUUCAACCUUUUUCAGUACUUAAAUUCGUCUUUCUAAACUCAAAUCUCUAUUUAGCUUUCUUUAACUUUCCUUCAACACAUCUCUCUUCUUUCUUUCCCUGAUUGUUAAAAGGAAAUGGAAGUGGAUGCAGGAGACGAUGGACGCAUCAGAUCAGGGACCUUGGCAACAGCAACAGCCCAUGCAUUUACUGCUAUAAUUGGAGCUGGAAUAUUAGCAUUGCCUUGGAGCGUGGCUCAACUGGGUUGGAUCGUUGGUUGCUUUGUUCUUAUCUCCUUUGCCAUUAUCACAUAUUACACAGCUAUCCUGCUAUGUGAUUGCUACAGAGCUCCUGAUCCUGUCCACGGAAGAAGAAACUACACUUAUAUUGGUGCUGUUAGAACUCUUUUAGGUCCAAAAAAUGAACUUCUAUGUGGUAUAAUGCAGUAUACACUACUAUGGGGAACAAUGGUUGGCUAUACAGUCACAACUGCUGUUUGUGUAGCGACUGUGAAGAGGACAAUAUGUUUCCAUGCAUAUGGACAGAAAGCAAAUUGUGGGGUAUCAGGAAAUUUAUAUAUGCUCGUAUUUGGAGCAAUCCAAAUUCUUCUUUCUCAAUGUCCAAACUUAGAGAAAGUGGCUUUCCUUUCAGUAGUUGCAACUGUUACAUCUUUUGCAUAUGCACUAAUUGCAUUGGGUCUAUGCACUGCAAAAGUUUGCAUGGACCAUCAACUUAAAGGAAGUUUGGUGGUAGCUGUGGGAAAUAGCAAGAUUAAUGAAGCCUUAUCAACAAAAGUUUGGCAUUCUUUUCAAGCUCUUGGAAAUAUUGCCGUGGCCUAUACUUUCUCCAUGUUGCUUGUAGAAAUUCAGGAUACCUUAAAGUCAGAUCCGCCAGAAAAUAAAGUAAUGAAGAGAGUAUCGUUAUAUGCAAUUAGUGGAACAACACUGUUUUACAUUUCUGUUGCAUGCAUGGGCUAUGCUGCUUUUGGAAAUGAUGUUGCUGGAAAUAUUCUUGCUGGUUUUUAUGAACCAUUUUGGCUUGUUGACAUUGCUAACCUCUCUGUAAUCAUACAUAUAAUCGGUGCUUAUCAGGUAUUUGCACAACCAGUAUUUGCAAUAAAUGAGAAGUGGGUUGCAUCAAGAUGGCCAGCAUCAUUCUUCACUACAAAUCACACCAUUAAGUUCUCAUGCAUUUUUGAAACCACUUUUAGCUUUGCCCUCCAAAAGCUAUUUCUUCGGCCAUUGUUUGUCAUUUUGACAACUGCAAUUGCAAUGAUGUUUCCAUUCUUCAAUGGAAUUCUUGGUCUUUUAGGAGCUAUUUCUUUUUGGCCAUUAACUGUCUAUUUCCCAGUCAGUAUGUAUAUUGAGCAAGCAAAGAUCAAAAGGGGAAGUAACCGUUGGAUUGGAUUUCAAGCUUUAAGCUUAAUCUGUUUGAUUGUUAGUGUCAUUUCAGCUGUAGGUUCUGUUGCUGGCAUGUUAGAUUCUCUUAAGAAAGCAAAGCUAUUUCAUAUUGAUCUCUAGUUAGAGUCUCUUCAUGUUCCCUUUUUUUUCUUUAUGAAAAAAAAAAAAAGGUUCCCUUUUCUCUUC